GGGAUUAGUGCUUCAAACUGACUUUGUUAUUUACAUCAUAAAUCACUCUUGUUUUCGUCGAAAUCGAGUAUAGAUUCAGUGACAGGAAAUGUGAAGUGCCAUAUUCACAAUGUAGAACAAUUGCUCUUUUAUUCAGAGAAAUGCUAAAAUUGAAUGAACUGAAGACAGACAGUAACCAAGACAGAUACUUUACUGUCCUCCUAAGUCCAUGAGAAACAUCCAUAUGAUGCAACAAAGGAACAUCGUGUGGGUGUUUCAUGAAGAAUGUAACAAACAAAACUGAAAAACAGAAAAUAAAAGGGUUAAUUCUUUUAUUAGUAAUGUAACAAAUUGUAUAAUAUGAUUAACAAAUAGGGUGUCUUUGCUUACUUUUUAUAGCAUAAAGCAUAAUAUCAUAAUGGAAAUGUAUCACAUUCCACAUAUAAAUACAUAUUAUUGUGUUAUAAUACAAUAUUUAUAUCAUGAUCUUCCAAUUUUCAAAAUAUUUUGAUAUAAAAUAGUAAUGAGUGAAUAUGCUUUGUCAAAUGAUCAAAGGAUUUUCAAAACAAGCUGAUGUUGCUCUGUGUGUGUGUGUGUGUGUGAAGGGGGCGCAGGUGCAUGUCCCUCAUGAAUAUUCCUUGGAUCUUUUAUUCAUGGAUUGGUUCAUGCGCAUUCCCACUAAUAAUACCAUUGGACACCAGCUGGUACAUAAUGAUGCCAAACAGGGAUUCUCCCAGAAUCGGUUGCCGUCGGACAAACCAUCGGAUAUUUUGAUCGGAUACUUUUUUCGGUUCCCUUGUUGUUGAGCUCUCUUUCCGUGUCUUUUGAGACCGAUUUGUUUAUCGUGACAAUCGUAAUGUAGUAGGCCAGUUCAGAUUUCCUCUCGCUUUGUGUUUUUAUUAUAGCAGAACGAAUCGCUGGAUGCGCGCCUGAGCCGCAGACAUUCAUUACGCGGAGCCUGCGCAGACACCAGCAGCUCUUAUUAUUAAUCAGAGUGAUCGGGAAUACAGCAGGACAGGAUGGGAUAUGUGCACAGAAGAGCAUACACUCUUCUGCUUUGGUUUGCCACCCUAUUGCUGUUGGUGGAGGGCAGAAGAGUUAAACAGCCCCGAUGCCCCUUUGGAUGCACCUGCACUAAAGAUAACGCCUUGUGUGAAGGUGUGAGUUCUGUGCCACACAGUUUUCCUCCCGACGUCGUUUCACUAUCAUUUGUGAAGACCGGAUUCAAUGAGAUCUCUGGGGGAAGUUUUCUCUACACGCCUUCCCUUCAGCUCCUAUUGUUUACGGGCAACACGUUCGGCUCUAUCGACGAAGAUGCUUUCCAAGGCCUGCCACAUCUUGAAUAUCUGUUCAUUGAAAACAACCUAAUUGAAUCCAUCUCUCCCAACGCAUUUAGAGGUUUAAAAUCUCUCAUACACUUGAGUCUCGCCUACAAUAAUCUCGAGACGUUGCCCAAAGAUGUUUUUAAAGGGAUGGAUGCCUUAACAAAAGUGGAUCUGAGAGGAAACAUGUUCAGUUGUGACUGUAAACUGAAAUGGCUGGUGGACUGGAUGUUCAGCACCAAUGCAACGGUGGACCAGUUACACUGCAGCGGGCCUGCGGCCUAUCAAGGGAAGAAGAUUAAUGACCUGACGCCUCAGUCAUUCGACUGCAUUACAGCAGAGUUUGCUAUAAAGAAGACUCUUACAUUUGAGUCCAUAUCUGUGGAGUCCUUCACCUUUGGGAACGAUCAAUACGUUGUAUAUGCCCAGCCCUUCUCUGGAAAAUGCAGCUUUAUGGAGUGGGAUCAUGUCAACAUGGAGUUCAGAGCUUACGACACUAUAGAAAGCACGUCCACUGUGGUUUGCAAGCCGAUGGUUAUCGAAAACCACCUUUUCAUCAUCGUUGCCCAACUUUUCGGGGGCUCUCACAUUUACAAAAGAGACAGCUCUGCCAACAAAUUCAUCAAAAUCCAGGAUAUCGACAUUCUGAAAAUCAGAAAACCCAACGACAUCGAGACCUUCCGCCUGGAAGGCGAGUACUUCUUUGUGAUAGCCGACAGCUCCAAGGCCGGUUCCACCACAGUCUACAAGUGGAACGGCAACGGGUUCUACUCGCACCAGUCUCUCCAUCCCUGGUACCGAGACACGGAUGUGGAGUACCUGGACAUCGGCGGCAAAGCCCACCUCAUCUUGUCCAGCAGCUCGCAGCGGCCUGUCAUCUACCAGUGGAGCAAGACCCAGAAGCAGUUCGACCGACGGACGGACAUCCCAGAGAUGGAGGACGUCUACGCCGUCAAACACUUCAAGGCCAAGGGGGAGCUGUUUAUCUGUCUGACGCGCUUCAUCGGCGACUCCAAGGUGAUGACGUGGGACGGUUCCAUGUUCACGGAGAUACAGACAAUGCCCUCGCGGGGCUCCAUGGUGUUUCAGCCCGUCUCCAUCGGCAACUGGCAGUACGCCAUCCUAGGCAGCGACUACUCGCUGACCCAGGUCUAUCGGUGGGACGCUAAAAAGAGCCAGUUUGUGCAUUUCCAGGAGCUCAACGUCCAGGCGCCGAGAGCUUUUUCACUGGUGUCCAUUGACAACAGAGAAUUCCUCCUGGCGUCCAGCUUUAAAGGGAAGACGCAGAUUUACGAGCACUUGAUGAUCGACCUGAGCAGUUAGACGCUGCGACGAGGCUGUGAAUUACACCAUUGUGACCCUCGCGCGCUUUUGUGAACCUACAUGCAUGAUCUAGUGCUAAUAAUAAUAAUUCCACAUGAAUGCCACUCUAGAAACUCCCUUUGUGUCUUUCUCUCUUGUCAUCAUCCUUUUUCACUCUUUUUUUUUGUCCCUUUAAACAAAAACUAUUGUGUUUUCUAGGCUUACAUCACUAAAGAGGUAGGCCUAUAAUAAAGGAAACGGCAAAGGUCAAAUCAGUUAACAUAAUAACAUCUGCCAAAUAAACUGUUUACAUUUUUUACAGCGAAAAACUAUUUUUAACUGUUUGUUUUUUUACGUAGAAAGGACGGCAUUCUUCACAAUGGAUGUGACCCAUUUGAAACUUCUUUUGACUAAUUGAAUUCUUAGAUUAAUGCUCUUUGAGGACGAAUAACUGUGAGAAAGAACGUUAGUUGUUUGCUACGUGUUUGUUUGUUAGGUCUAAU